UCUGUUCUUUUAUUAGGAAAAAGAAUCUUUUUUGGUUGGUUACUGCAGAGCCUUGAUGAAAUUUAGGUUUGAAUGCAUUAUUGUCAGGGAUAAAGAGGAGAGGUUUCUUGCUAAUUUGAGAACAUUGGGUCAAGCCUCAGCUAGCAGGCUGGCAAGUUAACAUCCCAGUUUUGGUUUCCCAUUGACUGUCCACAGUCCAAGCCCCGGCUUGGCUAGUCAGGCUUGUGGAGAGUUAGAUGGAGCAUGAUCUUAUUGAGCAGCAAGUGCCUUCAGGUACUCUGAAGGGCAUAAUUUUCAAUAUCUUAUCGGAGACUGAUGCAGCCAAAUUGGCAGCUAAGGUUAUUGGAGUAGUGAAUGAAGUAACAGAUCCUGCAUUGGGGUUUCCGAAUCCAAUCUUUGAGUGCUCCACCUGUGGUGCAAAAGAUGGGAAAAAAUGUGAAGGUCAUUUUGGACUAAUAAACUUCCCGUUCACAAUACUCAAUCCUUAUUUCAUAUCAGAGGUUGCAAAGAUCCUGAACAAAGUAUGUCCGGGAUGUAAAUCUGUGCGGCGUGAUAAGGUCAAGGUCAGAUGCGCUAUUUUUCAAAAAAAGAAAUUCCAAGCUAUUAUGGUAGUUGGUACUUCACAUUCGACACAUCGAUAUUGCUGCUGUUCUUUUUGCUCCCAGGGUGAAAGUUCUUUGCUUUGCCUUUUCCAGGGUGCUGAUACGACAUCUGCCUGCAAUUACUGUGAUGGAAUUUUAAGAGGUUAUCCACCAAUGAAAUUUAAAGUAUCUCCUAAAGACAUGUUUGGAAGGACUGCCAUUAUUGCAGAAGUGAGCGAAAAGAAGCUUCAGCAAACUUCUGGAGGAAGUUUGGCUUCUGACUAUUGGAAUUUUAUCCCAGAUGAUGCACAACAAGAUGCAAGUUUAAAUUCUUCAAAGUACAAAAAAGUUUUAACACAUGCUCAGGUAACAAAAUUUCUUAAGAUUAAUUUUUUUGGGGAGGUAAAACUUCUAGUUGCUGUUUUUCGUUUCAUGAUAUAUUUUAUGUGGUUAAAUGGAAAAAAAGAUGAGAGUUGUUGGGGGUGGGGUUNCGAAUUUGGGCAGCACAUGAUAUUUGAUGAGAGUAAUAGGCUUUACAGAAAGCUGAUUGACUUCAGAGGGACAGCAAAUGACUUGAGCAUGUGUGUUUUUAAUAGAAUUAAAGUUUCCAAGAUACGUGCAGAGAGGUCACUAACCAACGAUCCUAAUGCCCCUGCUACUGGUUUGAAGUAUGUGAAAGAACUGGUUCUGGCAAAACGCACUAACCAUGCUUUCCGCAUGGUUGUGGUUGGUGAUCCCAACAUAAAGCUAGGUGAGAUUGGUAUUCCGUGUCAUGUUGCAGAGGAUCUCCAUAUGGCGGAACCCCUAAGUUCACGGAAUUGGGAAAAGUUGACUGAUCACUGUGAUCUUAUGAUUCUUCAGAAGGGAGCGAUUCACGUUCGUAGAAAUGGUGUCUUAGUUCGUAUUAGUGUAAUGGAUCAGUUGCAGAGAGGGGAUAUAAUAUAUAGACCUCUAAUUGAUGGAGAUGUUGUGUUGAUAAAUCGACCUCCAUCUAUUCAUCAACACUCACUAAUUGCUCUGUCUGUUAGGAUUCUUCCAAUAAUUUCUGUUCUUUCAAUCAAUCCUCUUGUGUGUUCUCCAUUCCGUGGGGAUUUUGAUGGUGAUUGCCUUCAUGGUUAUGUUCCGCAAUCAAUCGAUUCUAGGGUUGAGCUUAGUGAGCUUGUUGGUCUGAAUCGGCAGCUUAUUGAUGGACAGAGUGGUCAAAAUCUUCUUUCGUUAAGUCAUGACAGCUUAACUGCUGCUCAUUUAAUUUUGGAAGAAGGAGUUUUCUUGGACCGCUUUCAGAUGCAGCAGCUACAAAUGUUUUGUCCUCAUCAAGUGGGGAUGCCUGCUAUUGUACGAGCACCAUCAAGAAACAGGAGUUAUUGGACUGGGAAACAGUUAUUCGGCUUGUUUUUGCCAUCAGACCUUGACUGUGAUUUUCCAUCAAAUGGCGUCUGUAUUAGUGAUGGGGAGAUUGUGACAUCUUCUGGUGGGUCGUCUUGGCUGCGUGAUGCCAGUGAAGAUCUCUUUUAUAGUCUUGUUAAACACCAUGGAGGUGACACUCUUGACCUCCUUUAUGCUGCACAAGCAGUUCUUUGUGAGUGGUUGUCAAUGAGGGGUCUUAGUGUUUCAUUGUCCGAUCUUUACAUCUCUUCUGAUCCAUAUUCCCGAGAAAAUAUGAUUGAUGAAGUCUUUUGUGGUUUGCAAGAGGCAGAGCGACUAUCUUAUGUCCAACUGCUGAUGACGAGGUAUAAUCACGAUUUCCUUGCUGGAAGCCUAGAAGUAAGCCAGAAAGCCAUGGGUUUUGAUUUGGAGUUUAUGUCUAUCAUGCUGCAGAAGUCAGCUUCUCUGAGUCAAGCUUCUGUUACUGCUUUCAAGCAAGUUUUCCGGGAUAUCCAGAAUUUAGUAUAUAAUUAUGCAAGCAAGGAGAAUUCGUUUCUGGCUAUGUUAAAAGCUGGGAGUAAGGGCAACCUGCUAAAACUGGUCCAACACAGCAUGUGUCUUGGUUUGCAGCAGUCUUUGGUUCCGUUAUCAUUUAGAAUGCCGCGUCAACUUUCUUGUGAUGCAUGGAAUAAUCAUAAAGCACAUCUUCCUUUUGAGAAAGCUCAUAAUGUUCCUGAACGUCCUGGUUCUUACAUCCCGUGUGCUGUGGUUGAGAAUUCAUUUCUUGCGGGUUUGAAUCCUCUAGAGUGUUUUGUGCAUUCAUUGACAACCCGUGAUAGUUCUUUUAGUGGACAUGCUGAUGUUUCUGGAACAUUGAACCGUAAGCUUAUGUUUUUCAUGCGUGAUCUGUACAUUGGAUAUGAUGGAACAGUGAGAAAUGCUUAUGGGAAUCAAAUUGUGCAGUUCUCUUACUACAACACAGACCAAAUUGCUUCUACAUAUAACCGUGCUUCUCAUGCAAUUGGUGGCCAUCCUGUUGGUUCAUUGGCAGCCUGUGCCAUUUCUGAAGCUGCAUACAGUGCUUUGGAUCUACCUAUCGGUGCACUUGAGCCAUCACCUUUACUCAACCUAAAGAAAAUACUGGAAGCUGGAGUAAAGAGUAAUAGUAGCGAGAAAACUGCAUCUCUGUUUCUUUCGAAAAGACUUGGCAGAUGGGCUCAUGGUUUUGAAUAUGGAGCUUUAGAGGUCAAGGGUCAUCUAGAAAGGCUUCUUCUUUCAGAUAUUGUUUCGACCGUAAUGAUAUGCUUCUCCCCUGGAACAUAUAAAAGCACUCACAGUAGUCCCUGGGUUUGUCAUUUUCAUAUAGAUAAGGAAUAUGUGAAGACAAGAAGGCUGAAGCUGAAAUCAGUAAUAGAUGCUCUUAACAUGAGAUAUCGAUCAACUAGAAUGGAAGCUGGAAUAGAUCUUCCAAGCCUGCAUAUAACAUGCAAGGAUUGUUCCGUCGCUGAAAUGCAAAAAGCGAAUUCCAAAAUUUGCAUUGCAGUUGCUGUGGUUGAGACCUCAAAAGAUUCUUUUUCACUACUGGAUACACUUCGUGAUUUGGUGAUUCCAUUCCUUCUUGAGACUGUGAUCAAAGGUUUCUCCGCAUUUAAAAAAGUUGAUAUCUUAUGGAGAGAGUUGCCAAGUACAUCAAAAUCUUCCAGAGGCUCUACCGGGGAACUAUAUUUGCAGGUCUUUAUGUCAGAAAGUUGUGAUCGGAACAACUUUUGGAAUGCACUUGUGGAUAGUUGCCUCCAUAUAAUGGAUUUGAUUGAUUGGGAGUGGAGUCAUCCCGAUAACGUCCAUGAUCUGACUGUAGCCUAUGGAGUUGAUGUAGCAUGGAAGUACUUUCUACGUAAUCUGAAUUCUGCCGUCUCUGAAACUGGCAAGAAAAUCCUUCCGGAACACUUGGUACUUGCAGCAGAUUGUCUCACAGCUACAGGGGAAUUUGUUCCGUUGAAUACAAAAGGUCUGGCGCAGCAAAGAAAGUGUGCUGGUGUUAUUUCACCAUUUAUGCAAGCCUGCUUUUCGCAUCCCGGGGACUCUUUUGUUAGGGCUGCCAAGACAGAAUUAAGUGAUGAUCUUCAAGGAAGUCUGGAAGCAUUGGCGUGGGGAAAAACCCCUUCCACAGGGACUGGUUUUUCAUUCGACAUUAUCUAUUCUGGAAAGGGAUAUGAGCCUGCUGCACCAACAGAUGUGUAUGCUCUGCUGGGCAACCAUGUCACAUCAAAUAAGCAACAGGUGAAGGUCACUCUUGACGAAGACAAUGAAACGGCUGACAAGGCUCUUGCACGACGUCUUUGUAAACUUGAUGAUCUCAAUACAAAGAGAUGUAAAAGCCAGUGGUCAAUUGCAAAUUUGAGAAGUUUCCUUUCAUUCAACGGCAUAAAGAAGCUCUCUCAGGCAUUGAAGCAAAUGCUGUCCAAAUAUGCUAUUGAUCGCGAGUUAAGUGAAGCAGACAAGUCCAUAGUAAUGAUGGCAUUGCAUUUUCAUCCCAGAAGGAGUGAGAAGAUCGGAAAAGGAGCAAUGGAAAUAAAGAUUGGUUACCACAAAGAAUAUGAAGAUUCCCGCUGCUUUAUGUUGGUACGUACAGAUGGAACAGUUGAAGACUUCUCGUAUCGUAAGUGUCUACAACAUGCUCUGGAACUGAUCGCUCCUCAAAAGGCAAAAACCUAUAAAUGGUUGAAUGGAGCAUCAUGUGGUCCCACUGCCUCAACCUUGCAAAAUGAGGUCAAGUAAAAUGGUAAAGGCCUUUGAUAAACUAAAAUAAAGACGUGUUAUAUUCACUUGUUUACGGAUAUGUAUGUAUAAGGUGGUGUAUGUAAGUAUCUGGUACAAGUACAUUUUUGCCACUUUUGAACAGGCCACACCCGUCAGACAAGGUAAGUAGGCAACUGAAGUAUUCGUGUAACAUAGUUGUACUAAAUACGCGAACCAAUUUAGGAUACCCCGUUAUCUUAUGCUUCUUUUUGCUGCUCCCACUAAGGUUUGUUUGCCUUUCAUAAGGUCUAAGGCAAAGGGAAAUUAGUGGGAGUAGCAACGAAAAGCUCUGAGGGGCUAUGCAUUUCCUUUGUUGUAUCAGUAGAAUGUUUCAUCAAUGAAAACAUUUUAAUCUUCUAGUA